UUUACGAAAUUAUCGCUUUGGUCCCUCUUUCAUUCUCCACGUCCGUCGUCUUCAUUUCCCCUCCCUCGGGGCUGCAGCUCGCCGGUGAAUUGCCCUGAAUCCCUACCGACUUCCGAUUGCUCCGCCCUAACAGCCCUCGCUUUCCGAUUCUCAUGGCUCCCGUUUUGUAGUCGGUGCUUCCAAAGCGAAUGAUAGUGGUUGUAUUGGAACGUGAUGAGGAAGUUGGUAAUUUGCUCUAUUCGGUUAGUCUGGCCCUUUCGGUCUCAUUGGUGUAAAUGCUUCCCACAGAUUUCACGUCGGUUCAAGCUGAGCUCGAGUCCGCCUUGCGAAUGAAGACAAUGCGGUUUUUAGUUACCCAAAGGCCUUGGCUUGAUCUUUAUGGAGUCAAUGUCAGACCUGUUGCACCAUUUGGGAGUGCGAGUAGCCGACCUUAUGUUGAUCACGCGCUCAUUCAUCGUAGUCUUCCUGAUGAGUUGCUCUAUGAGGUCUUUGCGCGAAUGACUCCCUAUGACCUAGGAAAGUCUUCUUGUGUUUGUCGAAAAUGGAGGUACACAAUCCGUAACCCUGUUUUCUGGCGCAACGCUUGCUUGAAGGCUUGGCAGGUUUCUGGAAUGGUGGAAAACUACAAGAUUCUGCAGUCAAAAUAUGAGGGUUCUUGGAGAAAAAUGUGGCUCUUAAGACCAAGGGUCCGUACUGAUGGCCUAUAUGUGAGUAGGAACACCUAUAUCCACACUGGAGUUGCUGAAUGGAAAGUCACCAAUCCAGUCCAUCUGGUGUGUUACUUCCGAUACAUAAGAUUCUUUCCUUCAGGAAGGUUUCUUUACAAGAAUUCUUCUCAGAAGAUCAAGGAGGUAGCGAAAUGCAUGAACUUUCGUGCAUCUAAAGCUGAUUGUGUUUUCAAAGGCCAUUACACUCUGUCGGAUGAUAAGGUUGAAGCUGCAGUUUUGUAUCCUGGCAUGCGCCUGACAGUUUUAAGGAUCCGACUGAGACUGCGAGGAACAACGCCAGGAGCAAAUAAUCGAAUGGAUUUGUUGUCACUUGUGACAAGUGGUGUGAAUGAUAAUGAGGUCGGAGGUCCCGAAGAGGAUAUACUUGGUGUAGUGGAGGGGUGGGAGGAUGAUGAAACCCAUAAUCCUGAUGUUCCUGCUGUCUCACACAAGAGGGGUUUAACACCUUUUGUCUUUGUUCCCUUUGAAGAGGUCGAAAAAUCAGUUCUGAAUCUUCCCGUGGAAAAGAUGGAUUACUACGUACCUGGAUGAUGACUCAGGAGAUGGGAGAUGAUCCUGCAUGUGUAUAUAUAUUAAUCUUAUAUGGUUUGGUCUUUGUAAUAAUUUCUGUAUAUAGAAUUGGUGGCAACGGAUAGUUUUGAGUCCAUUCUGCCAAUACUGGUAUCGAAUGAAAGCCACAGAGACCCUUCUCAAAAUGUCUGUAUGUCCAAUUUGAUAGGAAAUUGCUUCUUUUUCUUUUCUGCCUCCUUGUUUUGCUGGUAAACAAAUGCUUGAUGGAAUUAAUAAUUCAGACGCUUGCUGCAUCUA